AUGGCGCUUUCAUCACUCAUUUUACUCUCUUUACCUCUGAAUAUCCUGGGUAAGAGUAUCCCGCGCCAGGUGCCUGGUGCUGAUGACACAUGCACCAUUACCAGAGUACUUCCUCAAACGGUGAUCACCAGUAUCGCACCACUUCAGACCUUCUUUCUUCCGAACCAACAGGGCCCUAAUGCCGCUCUUCCCAGUUCAGGCUCUACAAAUGGUCCGGAAGGCCCAGGAGGUCCUGGCGGUGAGAGCGGCAAUCUUCCCGGUAGUGUGAACGGGCCCAACAUACCUAGUGGAGAAGGCGGCCUCCGCGGCCAUCCUGGCUCUGCUGGAGGUCCUGGGUCGGUGAACGGGCCUGAUGGACUGGGCUCCGGACCUGAAUCUGGAGGCCCCUGGGGAGGAUCUUGGGGUUCCGGGCCCGAGGGGCCAUGGGGUGUUGCGCCCUGGGCCCGGGGCGGGCCUGGCGGCUACCCUGGGACUGCGCCUCCUUACACGACCGUCUAUCCCAUUACCGUCGACUACUUUGGUCCCAACGGUCUCGAACAGAGGACGUACCUGGCCACCGAGCUCUGCCCCACCUGGCCAUGUCACCCUUCCACUGGUUGCCCAAACGGGUUCACGACCUCGGCGGCGACCUGCACCGCCUGCGGCCCCAAGCCCACGACGGCCGUCCUCACAGUUCCCUGCGAAGGGACACCCGCAGUCGCCAUCACUGCGUACGAGCGCGUUUACGAUUACUUCUGUCCUACUGGCCUGGCCUCCAGCACCUACAGCAUCACCCAGACCUGUCCCGAGACAGGCGCAUGCCAGACGCCUGCCCCUGAUGUGGUGCCGCCUGCCUUCACGGCUGUGAAAUCUGUCUGCGCGUCCGCGUGCGGGCCGUCACCCGUCACCGCCACCUUGACCGUGCCAAUCAACUCGGGCACAGGGCUUCCCAACCCGAUGUCAUGCGCUGGGGCCAACUGCGGGCCCGCCACGACCGCUCCCACUGUGUACUAUGCCGGGGCACCGGCAGGUAGUCAUGCUGCUUUCGGGCUCUUGGCUACGGUCGUGUUUGUUCCACUUCUCUUUGCCAUGCUCUUAUAA